AUGGCGACAAUCGAUCCCGCUCUCGCCAUCGUCAUGAAGACAGAUAUGACCCACGAUACGACGACCCGCGAUAUGACGACCGUCGGUACGAUGAUCGACGAUAUGAUGACCGUUAUCGGUCGCGGAGCAGAUCAUCCUCCCGAUCCAAGAUCAAGACGGGCCUAG